AUGCUGGACAUUAAAGUCGCCGCGACCUUGUUCGCCAGAGUCAAGGUACCGCCAGCGAAUAGCGACAAUCCUGGUUCGGUCAACGGGUUCAUCUUUCUCGGGGCAGCCGUUGUCAAUGCUGUAUUUAUUGUUUCUGGCUUGGUCUAUCUUAUUUACACACUUGGGAGUGUGAUUCCAGUCCUCACUAUAGUCGAGAGCAAACACGAGUAUGAGACACUUCCAAUGCGUGAGAGGCAAGGGCCCGGAGCUGCCACGGAACCAUCUCACGACGCUGAUGCCAGGCCUGUGACCGAUAGCAUCUGCAACGUUCACCGGCUCCUAUGGUCAGUCGGUAGAUUUGCGUCACUAUUUCAAGCGAGUAGUAGCUUUUGUUUGCUCAUUACAGCUCAAGCUACACUGGCUGCGAUUCUGAAAGCCGUGCCCUUGGUGCCCGACUUGGCCAGCGACGUCGUGAUAACCAUUCUGACUUUGCAGUUGCAAAUGGCAUGGGUUCACAGUGCCAUGAUCAGACAGAACAAGAAGGCGUCACCAAUCCAGCUGCCUGGCUUUCGAAUGGCGUUCCACACCACUGCCAUUCCCGCACUCUUUGCCUGCUUUGCAGCCUCCAUGGCAGAGUCCGUGGCCAUUCUUGCCGUUGUAUUGCUGCAUGGUGAAAUGGCCAAAAUACCACUGUUCCCUCAAUAUCCUACCGGCUUAACAGUCGAGACGUUUGCUCCAGAGGUUGAAGCGUGGAAAAUUGGCGUCUAUAUUGUCAUCCGUUACGCCUUCCUGGCUGUCUUUUAUAUACCGGCACAGGCUGCCCUAGUCAGGGUGCAGGCGUCGCUUUUGCCAGUUGAGAAGGAGACCAUUGUCAAGGUGGAUCGCACGUUUGGUGUUGAAGGAGUGCACGAGACGGGAUAUCUCACAAUGACUCAAGCAUAUAAAUCCAUGAAGAAUGGCAGCAUUUGGCUACGGCUUUAUAAGAUGUAUGCCAAAGUGUUCUUGGUGGGUGCAGGCGUGGAGGGCUUUCUUUACGCGAUUCUGUUACUGGAGUUCUUUGCUUUCUUAUAUUUGAGGUAG